AUGGCUCAGCCUCCCGACCACGGCCCCUCAGGGGCUCUGAACAUGACUGGGAUGGCCAACGCUCUUCCCCGAGCUAGCAGUUAUCGACCGGGUUACCCUCCAGGGAUUCAACAGCAACGACCUGGUCCUCAAACCUCAUCUACUCCCGUAUUACAGCAUAUGCCUGGUCAAUACGCACAUCACUCGACGGUACCCAUGGCAGUCCACCCUUACUACCAACCGCCACACUCACACGCGCAUCCGUUUUACGGAGGCGCUCUCCCCACACACCAGCCGCAUCCUCGGUUGAAUGUAAGCUAUUACCCAACCCAUAUGGUGGUCAACCAGCACCAUCCAAGCCACAUAGGGGGUGGUUAUUAUUAUCCCGUCCCUGCUGCCGCUUUCCCACCACCUCAUUCCAUACCCAGUCCUGUCGUGCAGCAUCAGAGCUUCGGAACGGGGGCGAUGAUGCAAUUUCAGCACGGGGAGAACCGCCAGCUGGAUGAAUCGAAUCAUCUCUCUGGACCCAAACCUAGUGAAGCAACAGAGGGUAGACCAGGGGCUGUACGCGGCCCGCCCCGAAAACCACGACAAAGCGGCCACGCUAUAUGGAUAGGGAAUCUGCCUCCCCAGACGGACUUGAUGAGCCUCGUCCAUCACGUUGCUAAGGAGGGACCGGGUCUCGAAUCCCUUUUUCUUAUAUCCAAAAGCAACUGCGCUUUUGCCAAUUUCAAAGACGAGAAAACAUGUGCGGAGGCACAGAAGAAAAUCCAUGAUUCCAGGUUUCAAUCGGUUAGACUUGUCAGCCGUCUUCGCAAAAGCACGGUCGAAGGAGCCACAGGCAUGACAGCCCCAACAGGUCCCGCAGCGUCCUCUGGGAGUCAAACCCCGCGCGAGGCACCGGCGGAAUCUGUUGCAACAACAAAUACUACGAAGGGAAUUACCACACCGUCGACGGAAAGCAACCAAAAGCAGACCGAGGAACCCGAUGGUUCGGCACAGAAAGACAAAGAGAAGUUUUUCAUCCUCAAGAGCCUAACUGUCGAGGAUUUGGAAUUGAGCGUCAAGACUGGCAUUUGGGCAACACAGUCGCACAACGAGGAAGCCCUCAACAGUGCCUACUCUUCUGCCGAUAACGUCUACCUUGUCUUUUCUGCGAACAAGUCCGGCGAAUAUUUUGGAUACGCGCGAAUGACCUCCCCUAUCAACGACGAUCCAUCUGCCGCCAUCGAGUUUGCCCCGAAAUCGCAGGCUACGGACGACGUUGACCUGCCGAAAGCGAUUCCCACCGAAGCGACAGAGUUCGCGCCGAAGGGGAGGGUCAUAGACGACUCGGCAAGGGGGACGAUCUUUUGGGAAGCGGAACACGAGGAUUCGGACAGCGCAGACGACGAAGCAGGGAGUGAUGUCGGCAGCAGUAAGGCUGGGGACCAGGAGGACGGGAACGCGAAGACGUGGGGAAAGCCGUUCAGACUGGAGUGGCUGUCAACGACCAGGCUGCCUUUCUACCGGACUCGGGGCCUGCGGAACCCUUGGAACUCGAACCGGGAAGUGAAGAUUGCAAGGGACGGCACCGAGUUGGAGCCGUCGGCUGGCCGGAGACUGAUUGGACUUUUUAAUCGUGUACACAGUCCAGGGCUGGUUCCUCCCAAGGCGCAGCCUGGCAUGACCAUGGUGGCAGGAUAUCCGCCUAUGCGACCACCCUACUGA